AAGAGCAAGACACGUGAAUAUUUCAUAUUUUUAUAUCCUUCGUUUUUUUUCUAUCUACUUAAGCAUUUUAUCUAUGUGCAUUUAAUUUAUCAUUCGUAAGCAUAAAUUAGGAGUCAUUACUUAUUAUAAGUAUUCACAGAACGUACGAGACCUGUUAAACAGACUGAAGCCUUCGCGACAGCUGUCUAAAUAAGAGCUGUAUCAUCUGAAAGUUUAAUAAAAGAUAUCGAGAAUGCUGCGCAACCUGUGGUCCCUUUGUGUUCUCCUGUCGCUGGUCACUCUGGUGCCAGCGCUGGAGAACGGCCUGGCCAGGACACCUCCAAUGGGAUGGUUAGCUUGGGAGAGAUUCAGGUGCAACACCGACUGCAAGAAUGAUCCGGACAAUUGUAUAAGUGAUCGUCUUUUCCGGACCAUGACAGACAUAGUGGUGGCUGAAGGGUACGCUGCGGUGGGAUACGACUAUAUUAAUGUGGACGACUGUUGGUUGGAGAAAGAAAGGGAUUCAAAUGGGCAACUUGUGCCAGACAGAGAACGAUUCCCAUAUGGCAUGAAGAGUCUAUCAGAUUAUGUACACUCAAAGGGUCUCAAGUUUGGUAUCUAUGAGGACUAUGGUAACUACACCUGUGCUGGAUACCCAGGUAUAUUGGGCUACUUAGAUGUAGAUGCUGCCACAUUCGCUUCCUGGGAUGUGGAUUAUGUCAAGUUAGACGGUUGUUACUCACAUCCCAUUGACAUGGAUAGAGGCUAUCCCGAGUUUGGGUUCCAUCUGAAUCAGACUGGAAAGCACAUGAUAUAUUCUUGCAGCUGGCCUGUUUACCAAAUCUACGCUGGUAUGAAGCCAAACUAUACCGCGAUUGCGGAACACUGCAAUCUCUGGCGCAACUUCGACGAUAUCCAGGACUCCUGGGCCAGCGUAGAGAGUAUCAUCGAUUAUUACGGUAAUAAUCAAGAUGUGAUUGUGCCCAUCGCCGGUCCCGGGCACUGGAACGACCCGGACAUGCUGAUCAUCGGCAACUUUGGCUUGAGCUACGAGCAGAGCAAAACGCAAAUGGCGAUCUGGGCUAUACUAGCGGCGCCGUUGCUCAUGUCCGUCGAUCUCAGGACAAUCAGGCCAGAAUAUAAAGCCAUUCUGCAGAACAAAAAAAUUAUCGCUGUAGAUCAAGAUUUGCUGGGCAUUCAAGGUCGACGGAUAUACAAACACAAGGGCAUUGAAAUCUGGGCAAGGCCCAUCACCCCAGUUUACCAAACCUACUACUCGUACGCGAUCGCGUUCGUUAACAGGCGGACGGACGGCACGCCGUCGGACGUGUCGGUCACGUUGAAGGAGCUGGGUCUACAGUAUCCCGGAGGAUACCGAGUGGAGGAUCUGUACGAGGACGUGGAUUACGGAGUGCUAACGCCACAAACCAAGAUCAAGGUCAAGGUGAAUCCGUCGGGCGUAGUGAUACUUCGAUGUAAUCUGAAUAUAGACGACGUGUUUCGCUAUACGCCGUAUUCGCCCUUCAAUCAGGUCUUCAAAGUUAGGCAAAAUUCAUUUGAAUGA